AUGAAAAAACGAUCUCUGAAAGGAAAGAAUGCAGAUUCGCAAUGUUCUGAAACACAGAACGAAAACCCAAGCGUCUUUUCGUCGAUACGGGACAAUUUAGAUAUUAAUCCUUUUACUGAGGAAAUCGGUCGAGAAAUGAUAAACAAUGCAAGGCAGAAUGCGUUGAAAACAUUUGUCAAACCUGGUGGCAGUGGUGCUAAAGGCGAAACCGACUAUCACAUCACAAGAAUGGUCCAGGAAUUCGGAAAACAAUGUCAUGCAGUACCAGCACGAAUUACAGAAACAUUGGCCGUUGCCAGAAAAUCUGUUGGUUAUAUUCGUUGUGGAGAUUAUUCGGGAACCUGCUUCCUUUUAACUGAAAAUGCCAUUAUAACCUGCAAACAUGUGAUUAACCAGAUCGCCGCCCUCAGAUCUGAGACCACAGACCCAGAGCUCUACCGAACAAUUUUUGUCAAUUUCGACUAUGAUUAUCCCGGUCUGUUUGGAAAUCUCCAAGCAGAGAUCGAUGAGGAGGGUGAAGUAUUUUUCGGUCUGCACGACUUGGACUAUGUGAUUGAAGCCUAA